UAAAAUGGCGGAGUAGAUUCAUGAUGGAACUUAGCAAGAUAAAGUCCCACUUGGGACCCCUCUCAUACAUACUCAUAAUGGCUGUGCUAGGAGUUCCAAUCUGGUGGCGUACGACUGAAGUGUACAGAGCCCUCCUUCCCUAUGACGCAAUUGACGCAUUAUCAGACAUUGAAUAUGUGACGCAAAAAGUGAACAUUAUUCUGAUCACACCUGACGCACAGGGUGUACAUUCCAGGGGACCAGAAGUUCAAAAACUCUUAAAUUCUCAACUUUAUGAUUUAUCUUUAAAUGUGCGCGCACCAAGUGAGCGUGAAAGUAAAGUUCUGGAAAGUGCGGUCAGCUUGGGAGAUGUCGAUGAGGAGAUUGGAAAAGGAUUGGCUGGAUCCGUCCCAGGGGCUGUUGUUCUGCUAGAAGCCCCACGGGUUUUGCUGGUUUCGCCAUCAUCAUUGGUUGCGGGCAAUUACCGAACUAUUUACUUCACCUCCGCCACCCCUUCACAACAAAUUGCGGCAAUGCUCAUGGACACAGUAUUGGGUGAGCAACAAAUGUCGAGGUUAUGGGAGACCCCGUCCUCCCCGGCCUCCAGUCCAACCUCGGCUAGCCUUCUCCGAAAGAAAAGUACCGGGAAGAUAGAUGUUCAGCUUUCCCUUCUAGUCCCUGAACCUGAAUAUGUUGUGGCCUCCUGGGAUAUUAAAGGAGCAGUUCACAAAUAUCUGGAUCCGUUUUUAUCAAGAUUCCCGCUGCAUGUUCCGGUCAACAGUCAGGUCAUCUACCUGACCAGCCUAAAUAUACCUGGAGGUGAAGAGGGGCAGGGUCCACUAGAGGUGAAAGCUGAAGAUCUAGCUCUGGCCUUGAACAGUGUUGAGAGUUUAUUGAGUAGCCAGAGCAGCAGCAGUCCUGCUCUUAAUCUUAUCAUCUACAUACCUCCUGUUCAUAGAACCCCACUGACUGUUCGAGGUUCCAAGAAUAAUUCAUUUCUGAUCCCAAGCUGGGGAGGAGUUUAUAUAUAUAACUAUAAUCUACCAGGAGACAAGAUGAUCAAAUAUCCAACAAGUUUAGAGUUGGAUAUGGAGUUAGUUUCUAAAAUCUGGGUUGGACAGCUCAGAUCUCUCCUAGGAGUACAGGUUGUUGAUGAGAGAAAAUCAUUGGCCUUGAACCCUCGUGGUCUACGGGACUGGGAACUUGAUUAUCAGCUUAGAUAUAGGGCUGGUGAAAAUAUAGUUGAAGUACGACGAACCCUGGAAUCCUUAUCCCGACUUCUUCAUCAGAUUCCUAAUAUUGUCAUUACAGAGGAUAUUGCUAGAAGGGUAGAGAUGAGUUUGAAUAAGCUAAGGAUGAGUGUGAGCUAUCUAAAGGAAGGAAGAAUCACUGAGGCUCACUCUGCUAGUCAAUCCUCACUGCAGCAGGCUGAAGCUGCGUUCUUUGAUCCCUCUCUACUCUCCCUUCUCUAUUUCCCUGAUGAUCAGAAGUAUGCUAUCUAUGUUCCCUAUUUCCUACCUGUAGGUCUACCCAUCCUACUAUCCAUCAAAUCCAUCAUCAAAGCAAUCAAGACUAAACCAAAGGAGGAGUAGUAGGACAAGAUAUGUUAAGGGACUGUUCACGUAAUCUAUACUAGUGACCCUAUAAUAGCAUGUCCGAUUCAUAAAAGUACCCUUAAACCUUCGUCGGAACAAGAAAUCCUUGAUUUUUCUUUCUUUUUCAACUAAUUAUUGUGGAUUUCUUGCUACAGAAGAAAAUUCUAGUAAAUUGUAAGGAGACUCUACAAGCUAGAAAUAUGAUAAUAAUUAAUAACUUCUACACUAUUGAUAAGAUAAAGGUUAAAAUGGUGCCCUUGUGAAUCAUUCAAGGCCAUCUUUAAAUUGAUUUGAAACUACAACAGUUUGCAUAUUGGAUUCAUGGAAAAUAAUUUCGCAGAAUAAAUGGUCUUUUUCCUAAAUGUGAAA